UUGUUAGGGUAAAUUUCAUAUUUUAAAGGGAUUGUAAGCGUAAUUUCAAAUGACCCUUUAUGCAAGGAUGACAUGGCCGUUUUAAAACGGUAUAAACCCAUUGAAACUUUAGUCUGAUAAAGGAUUUUAGGAUUUCAGAAACUAAUUUGUUGAGCAACAUUUUUUAUAUUGGUUCUUGACACAUUUCUGCACUUUUUGGUUGCGCUUCAAGUCUUUUCUGCUGAUUCUGGAAUCUGGCUUGGAACAAAAUGAAGAUUUCGUUAAUUUUGUUUGUUUUGCUGAUAAACUUACUUCUCGUAAUAGCUGCUCCUACACCCCAGAUUCCAAACUUUAUUAAUAUUGGGAAUUUAAUGAUUCCAACAGUUGCGAUUGGAGCAGCAUUGGGAGCUACAGGACUUAUUCUUGGAGCCAAGGGAGCAGCACUUACUCUUUCUUCAGGAAUUCUACCAGACCAUUUCGAUCAUGAAUCCCGAACGGUGCCGAUCACCAACCUCGAAUACGGGAAAAUUAUUUAUGUAGAUCCACAACAGUACACCCAGGGACAUCAGCAGAACUAUGACCAGUUUGAGAGUUAUGACCAGAUUUUUGGCCCUAAUGAACUUGAAAGCUAUGGCCACAAAGAGUACGAGCAUUAUGGCCAAGACAACUAUGAAAGCAAUGGCUACGUGGAUUAUGAGAAUUAUUUUCAAGAGCAGAAUGUUGGUUAUGCUUAGGCACAUCUUUCAAUUCGUUAAACGUAGUUAUCAAAAUUGUAAAUGAAAUUAUUACAUGUAUACAUCCAAAGAGAAUAGAAUAUAUAUCAGAGUGGAAUUUAA